CUUCUUUUUUUUAUUUUUCUUUUCGGUAAUCAAUAAAUUGAUGUUGUUGUUGGAUAUCGUUAACAGAUGGUGUUGUACUUUUUUAUACGUAUAUACGUAUGUACGUUAUCACAUCAAAUUCGAGUAGGUUCUUAUCAAUGGGAUAAUGGAAUGAACGAAUUUCAGAAAAAAGAUUAGAGAAACGCAUCGUACGGAGAUCGAUUAUUUUCCGUUCACAAUUUAAUGAUUUGUGUUUUCUCCUGGAGGAUGUGAAAACGGCGAAAAAUUAGAAAGGUUCUGCUCUAAUAGAUUAGUAGUCAGAAACCUUAUAUGGAACAGAGUUUAUACUCAGAUAUAUCGCUCAUGAUCUCGUAAACGAAUUAUUAUCGAAUUUCAAAUUUUUUUUUCCCGCGAUCUACAAAAUUUGUUUUAGGUUAUCCCAUAAAGUUAUCUAGUACAGAUUAGGUAAAGUACAAAUAUCAGAAGUGAACCAUCUUUGGAUCCGUGUGUUAGCAAUAAAAAUUAUUCGAAACAUUUGUAAUUGAAAAUUAUUUUAAUUACGUUAGUUUGUUCCUAUCGUCGAAUUUAAAAAUGUUUCGCACGUGCUUUAAUUUAAAUCGUCGCGGCUUUCAACUGGUACAAAAAAACUUGCUUCUUAAACGAGCAGGCGGCAUGAACGGCGUCGAAAUUCUUCAAGGAUAUAUUUUUAACGAUCAUUGCACUUCCCAUAAGAGUUUCCAUGUUACUACACGUGCAACCACUUGUGGCGUUUCGAAUCCAAAAACGAUGCCGAAUAUUCUGUAUGGUAAUGUCUGGGAACUGGACCCAGAAUUAUUUAAGUUAAUGGAAAAAGAAAAAAAACGUCAACACUCUGGCCUUGAAAUGAUUGCCAGUGAGAAUUUUACAUCUCUUAGCGUAUUACAAUGUUUAAGUUCUUGUCUUCAUAAUAAAUAUAGCGAAGGUCUUCCUGGACAAAGAUAUUAUGGUGGAAACGAAUACAUAGAUGAAAUAGAAAUGUUAGCACAGAAAAGAUCUUUGGAGGCAUUUAAUUUAAAUCCUGAAGAAUGGGGAUGUAACGUACAACCUUAUUCAGGAAGUCCUGCUAAUUUUGCGGUAUACACAGGAUUGUUAGAACCACAUGGUCGUAUCAUGGGUUUAGAUCUUCCUGAUGGAGGACAUCUUACGCACGGAUUUUUUACUGCGACCAAGAAGAUUUCAGCAACAUCUAUUUUUUUUGAAUCAAUGCCUUAUAAGGUUAAUCCUGAAACAGGUUUAAUUGAUUAUGAUAAAUUAGCAGAGGAAGCACAAUUGUUUAAACCAAAAGUUAUUAUAGCAGGAGUGUCUUGUUAUAGUAGAUGUUUAGAUUAUAAAAGAUUUAGAGAAAUUGCAGAUCAGAACAAUGCUUACUUGUUCAGUGAUAUGGCUCAUGUGUCUGGUUUAGUUGCAGCAGGUUUAAUUCCUAGUCCAUUCGAGUACAGUGACGUUGUCUCAACUACAACUCAUAAAACUUUGAGGGGUCCUCGUGCUGGUGUCAUUUUUUACAGGAAAGGUGUUAGAAGUGUUACAAAAGAUGGACAAAAAAUUAUGUACGAUUUAGAAAGUCGAAUUAAUCAAGCAGUAUUCCCAGGACUUCAAGGUGGACCUCAUAAUCAUGCAAUUGCUGCCAUUGCUACAACAAUGAAGCAAGUUAAAACACCUGAAUUUCUAGCUUAUCAAAAACAAGUCAUUGCUAAUGCAAAGAGAUUGUGUGCUGGUUUACAAAAUCUUGGUUAUAAGAUUAGCACUGGAGGGACCGAUGUUCAUAUGUUAUUAGUAGAUUUAAGGCCCUUUGGAAUUACAGGUUCUAAAGCAGAAAAAAUUUUAGAAGAAAUUUCGAUAGCAUGUAAUAAGAAUACUGCUCCUGGUGAUAAAAGUGCACUUAAUCCUGGUGGCAUUAGAUUAGGGACACCAGCACUGACUACACGUGGUCUUAAAGAAGAGGACAUAGACAAAGUUGUGGAUUUCAUAGAUAAAGGAUUACUAUUAUCUAAAGAAAUAACGAAAAUUUCUGGACCUAAACUUGCAGACUUUAAGCAAGUAUUGAAUACUAAUGCUGAUAUUAAAGCUAAAGUUGCUGUAUUAAAAGAGAAAGUAGAAACUUUCUCUCAUCAAUUCCCAAUCCCAGGAAUUGAACAAUAUUAAUUAUUUUUAUCAAAUAAUCUCGUAUAAAUCUAAUCCUUAUAUUUAGUAAUAAGAAUAUUUUUUGAAUAUAUACAAUAAUUUUAUAAUUAGUAUAU